UGUUGUCUGCGCGUGUUUAGAGAUAUCGUGAUAACAACAUAGUGCGGGUCCGAAUCAAUGAGCCUGAUGUUUCGGCAAAGUAUAAGUCAGCAUUGGUUUCCUGCGAACUAGAGAAGAAUGUACAGAAACGGUUCAGAAGCUAUAUGAAGACGAAAAUGAACGAAGGCGCAAAGCCAGGGCCGAGUUGGACAAGAUUAUCAGUGAUAUCAACACCAAACCGGGCAAACAACGAUCGUCAGAUAAACGGUCCACGGCUUAGACGAGGAAAUCAAUCAUACCAUCUUACAUUGAGAGCCGGGCCAGUGAAUCAACAUCGAAAAAGCGCACCCCCGUUAUCCACACCCCCGAGCUGGGCCAGGAAGAAGAGACCACCACUGCUGCCCAACCGCUUUUGCGCCGGUGGAGGGAAAAAAGGAAGGGGGAAAAAAAAAAAAGAACAAAGAGACUUCUCGAUCGCAGUUGCGAACAACACUUGUUCUGUCGACCGAAGCGGACUGUCAGGCCGCACCGCUACCACUUGCUGCUCGGCGGGCCAUUUUUCCUGGAUUAGUACGGCAGGUCUCUUCUUGCGCUGGUCAGUUUUCCGUUUUCAACCAUUAUUCGUUCUCCUUUCCUCACACGCCCCUCCUUCUCACAUUGUUCAUCCCACGCAUCUUCACCCCCAUGACAACAACAAACCCCCUCCAAGCCAGAAAAGCUACCCUUGAAGAGGAGGGGCCAUCAUUGGACAGAGUGACAGGAAACAUCACUGUGUACAGCAGGGUGUUGCAUAUUGUAGGGGGGCAGUAGGAGGGAGGGGGAGGCAACAUGGCAAAGCUGAAUGAAGGGGAAAACCAGAGGGGAUAAAACGUAAAUAAAAGAUGGCUAACAAACCUCU